CUGCCACAACCCGCAAGUGCAAGCUGCAAUUUGAUCAUCAUGUUUGGAAAAUCUUACUCAAGAGGCAUUCGAAAGGAUCGCAUUAUUUUGGUAGUCUUUGCAUUGUGUUUGUGCGUGUGGAUCUCAAACAUAGUUUUGGGAAGAUAUUUUUCUGGAGGCUUCACAUCCAAUUCUCCAUCGAUGUCGUUUAGUUUAGUGAUGACAGAAAGAAGACAGCUUCUGCGCGAUCAGUGCCUGAAGAAGCCACCAAAUCCUUUAUUUCUCCAAGAAGCCGACUUCACCCGUUUCAUCGUCAUUGAAAAGUUGAAGCUCGUGUUUUGCUUCAUUCCCAAAGUUUCAUGUACAACUUGGAAGAAAAUCCUGUAUAGUGCCGCGAAUAAUGGCGAAAACCUGGAAGGAGUCCCACACCGAAGGAAACUAUUUUCUUGGCUCAAGGACUACAGCAUUUUUGAGCGGCAGAAGAUAUUGAGCACCUACUACAAAGCCAUGUUUGUCAGAGAGCCUUUUGCGAGGCUGGCAUCGGCAUAUCGAGACAAAAUUAAAUUUGAUUGGUUCAAAAGAUUUAUUCUCCUUGACAGAACAAAGCGAGAAACUAAGAAAGUAAGAACGCCAUUUUCAGCAUUUGUAAAUAGAGUUAUUGAAACCAACGCCACACAACUAAAAAAUCGUGGUAUCGAGGAUCAACAUUGGCGCUCAUACGAGCAGAUAUGUCCGUGUGAAGUGGACUAUGACUUCAUUGGUCACUUUGAGAAUUUAGACAAGGAGGCACCAACACUCCUGAAGAUUAUUGGCGUUGAUGGCUACGUAACAUUUCCUGAUUAUCGCCCGUCCAAGACUUCGUCGAACAUGUUGAAGUAUUACUCCCAAUUGACGAUAGAUGAAAUCUUUCAGCUGAAGAAACUGUUUGAUUUGGAUUUUAAAUUGUUUGGGUAUGACUUUCCCGGGCCUUUAGAGGGUAUUUUAAAGAAAAAAGGUCCUUCAGAAGAAAGCUGAUUACAUGCUUUUUAUGAUGGUUAUUAUUUAUGGCCUAGAUACCCGGUAUAUAAUUCCAGAUAUUCCGGAAUCUAUAUUUUAAGCUUAAGUACCUGGCCCGUACCUUGUUUAUUUUAUUUCCUAAGCUAUGGCGUGUCCCUAUCAUUUUUCAACUUCUACAAUAGGGCCUCAGGAACUGUUG